AUGGAGCUCUUGACAAGAUCGUUAUAUUUCCGUGGCUAUGCAGCUGUCAAUAGGAUCUUUCCAACUAUUUCUUCGUCAAGAUUACUGGCAACUACUAGUACAAUAGUUGUUAAUGAUAGUCCCCUGCAAGUUUUACCAUCUAUAGAUCUUCCUGAACUAAUACAACGCAAAGCUAUCGAUCAUAUGCAAAAGAGUGACGAACCUUUUAAUAUUGUUAACAUCGGUGAUAUAGUCUACAAGAUUAAAACGUGGUUUUCCCUUCUGCCUCGUGUACAUUCUUAUUUCGCAAAUCCUGUGACUUUUCAUAAAUGUGAGUUUAUGAAAGGCGAAUGCGGCUGGAAACAAUUACGAGCUGUUGACUUUACCGACUGGGAACGUGAUGCUAAAAUAGGAAUGGUUCUCAAUUCCAAAUAUGAGAACAUUAAUGGCCAAUAUGCGAAUAUGAUUAGUCCCCCGAUGGUGAAAUCUCAUGAAGCAAAAUCAAUUAGGGUGCAAAUCUCAUUUGGAUACAAUGGUUCAUACACCGGAAAUUUAUACGUUAUGGUCAUGUAUCCGAAGUACAGUGAUAAAUUAAAAGUAAUCGAUACAAUCAACCCACAGUCGGCUUUACUUGGACCACUUACUAUUACACGUUAUCAAAUAUUCUUUUCUCCUCUAUAUACUGAUUAUCAGCACUCCGGUCGACUUAACGCUAAUACUUUGACACCAAAUAAAAUUUGGAGAAAUAACCGAACAACAAUUUAUUUCAAAACAAAAAUGGAGAGAAGCUCCGUAGAGCCGUCAGAGGUAUGUAGCAAUAUUAGCGGCGCUUUAGAUAAAGACUUUCCAAUAAAAGAUAAUAUACACAUUUUGGCAGAGCCUGAUCGCUACUUUGCCGAAACAGCCUUUACGUUAGUUGUUUGCGUAAUUGGCAAACGUAAAAUUUAUGGGAUUGAUCAGAAGAUUUCAGCUCAUAAGAAAUCUAGAAAUGAGGUCUGUAAUAAGGAAAUUUUUAAUUACUACGUUAAUGACGGACGUUAUGGAUCCUUUUCUGAAUUUUUAAUGAGCUAUGGAUGUCGAUAUCCAAAAGUUAACGGAAAAAAAUCUAAAAAAUUAUAUUCAACUUGUCUUUGGGGACCCACUGUUAGCGGGUCGGAUUGCAUAUUUCAUGAAUGCUACCUUCCUGAAGAAAGAGACUGCGCUAUAAAAGAUAUUUUAUGGACGAUCUUGAUAGAAAUGGGAGCCUAUACGUCAGUUCUAGCUACCAAUUUUAAUGGAUUUACCAGACCUGUUUCAUACUACGUCAUUGAUCAAAGGAUGUGGAACAUGGCAAAGGAUAAAUUGUUGGCAAAAUUCAAGGUUGCUCAUGAAUACUCACCGAAAAUAGACACAUUUAAUCAAAUUGAAUAUGAAACUCUUGAUAUGGAUAUGUAA